AAAAAAUGAAAACGAAGUGGAAGGAAAACCGGACGUGGGGAAAACGCCGGGUGAAAACUGGAGAUUUUUUAUACGUUUUUUAACCAAAAGUCCAGAAGAUACGGUUACUCUUCUGUUGUUGGAUACUCCCCAGAAUACUCCAAUUGGAACUCCAGGAUCUGACAUUAUCUCUUCUGAUGAAACAGUGGACAUUUUGGAAAAUCACAAUGAAAUACCCGAUGCUGUAACCGAAGUUCAACGUACUGCUCCACAACCAAUAGAAACUCCCAAAAAUCAGCAACAAAGACGCCGACGACGAAAAAAGAAACGCACAGGAUCAUGUUGUGAUAAUUUUACAGAUUUAUAUAGAUUAACAGAUGAAGUAUUGGGUGAAGGGGCUUAUGCCUCAGUACAAACAUGUAUUGAAAUUAGCACUGGUGCAGAAUUUGCAGUUAAGAUAAUUUUGAAGGAACCUAGUCACCCACGAGAAAGAGUGUUUCGUGAGGUAGAAACAUUCCAUCAUUGUCAUGGCCAUCAAAAUAUCAUACAACUUAUUCAGUUUUUUGAAGAGCAAGACAGGUUUUUCUUGGUGUUUGAAAAAGUUUAUGGAGGCCCUCUGCUGGCUCAUAUUCAAAAAAGGGUCCAUUUUACUGAACAUGAAGCCAGUAUGAUAAUCAGGGAUAUAGCUAAUGCUCUGAAAUUUUUGCAUCAGAAAGGCAUAGCUCACCGUGAUCUGAAGCCAGAAAAUAUUCUCUGUUUCAGUCAGGAUCAGGUGUGUCCUGUUAAAAUCUGUGAUUUUGAUCUGGGAAGUGGUGUUGUGUUCAACUCUGCUUCACCAUGUAGUACGCCAGAGCUUCUUAGUCCAGUUGGUUCUGCUGAAUUCAUGGCCCCUGAAGUAGUGAUGGGAUUUACAGGUGAAGCUACUCCUUAUGAUAAAAGAUGUGAUUUGUGGAGUCUUGGUGUAAUUAUGUACAUAUUAUUAUGUGGAUAUCCCCCAUUUUAUGGUUGUUGUGGUGGUGACUGUGGUUGGGAAAGAGGAAGUGCAUGUGAAGCAUGUCAGAGUAUGCUCUUUGACUGCAUUCAGAAAGGAGUGUAUGAAUUUCCUGAAAGAGAAUGGGCUUUUAUAUCCGAUGAGGCCAAAGAUUUGAUCAAUCAUUUGCUAGUGAAAGAUGCAAGCCAGCGAUACUCAGCUGAAAUGGUUUUGAAUCAUCCUUGGGUUUCUGGUGGAGGUCCAGCAACGCUUCUGCAAACGCCACGCAUUAUCCGAAGAAACAACAGUGCCAGAGAUUUAGCUGCAUUUGCAGAAAAUGCCAAUGCUAUGAAAAGAUUAUAUCUUCGUCAGUUGUCUCACAGUGUGGGAUAUUCUCCACCACUUUCAUUUCAAGAAGAAGAUAACACACCAGGAGAUUCUUCAUCCACUGGAUCAUCUGUUCAUCAUUUUAGUCUGUCUCCACUUAGUGAUUCAUCUCUUUAUCAAAGACGUCGUAAAAGUCAGUCCCAAAAGAGCUUGGAGCCAUUUUAAACUGCAGGAUAGGAAAAUGUUAAAAUUUUUGGUCGGAGAAUCUGUCCAAAUUUUUCGUAAGUGAAGUAUGUGUUUCAUGAUGAUGAUUGAGGGAGUGAUUUGUACUACAAAAAAUUUUCUAAGGAUGUGAUAUUUGUACUUGCUUUUUUGUCCGUAAGGAUAUCCUGCAAAUUACUUUUGCUAAGACGGGUUUUUGUUACUUUUUGUUAAACAAAUGUGUACGAUAUAUUCCUACUGGAUAUUAUUAGGAAAUAACGAAAAUGAAUCCUUUAAACCUAAACAGAAGUGUCCUUAAGCAAUUUCAUGUUGACUGCAGUUGAAAGGUAGUGAGUGAACUGUAAGAUUUCAUUCUGGGCAUUUUUAUAAAUGGGUAACUGAAAACUCUGAAUUCACUGUUCAAUCUGAUAUUUAAUGAAUUUAUUUUAAUGCCCAUAAUGUGAUAUUAACUGAAGUAAAUAAAGUAUAAAUUUAACACUUUUUACAUUCAGCAUCAACUUAAUAUCUUGCUCCCUGCAUUUUAAUUAUAUUGCAGAGAUGCUGGAUACAAAAGGCACUGUUUAUUUGCCAGUAAAUUCCAUUUAGUCUUCUGAAUUUUGUUGUAAGUAAAGUGUUCUUUUCAAAAGAUAAAACUUUAAAAAAUUUCUAAAAUUUUAACAUUUUAAAUGGACCAAUGCAUGAUUGCUUUUUUUUAUUUAUUAUUAUUUUUUUAAUCAAGUGUUUUUCAAAACAUUGCAUUUCCCAUUUAUAGUAACAAAGUACAGGUACCUGUCCAGUAUAGUUUGGAAUUUGUUCAGAUCAGAAUAGCUUUGUGUAUAACCUUUUUUAAUGUUGGAAAAUUUCUGUUAUGAUGUUAACAUUGUUAUUCCCACUGCUCAAAUGAACUGUAGCUAAUUAUUAUGAAUAUUGAAUGUUUGGAGUGAUCAAGAAUGGUGCUUUUUUGUAUGUUAAAGAAUGAAAUAAAAAGCCUACAUUUCAUCUGA